AGAUUAACAUCACUGCAGAAGAUUCUUCAGUCUUCUUCUUUCUUCAAGUCCCACGAGGUAAUUAUGAUUGGCACCUCACUGCUCUUUGUACACGACAGGACAGGGAAUGCCAAUAUUUGGAUGAUAGACUUUGCCAAAACACAUUCCCUCCCACCCUCUGUGGAGAUAGAUCACCACCAAUCGUGGGUGGCUGGUAAUCACGAGGAUGGCUACUUGUUUGGUUUGGAAAGACUCAUCGACAUGUUCACUGAGCUGAUUCGGGAGGUGCCUCCUUCAGCCACUUUUUCUACUGUUUCGUAG